UGCUUUUGACCUAUUUUUGGAAGCUUCACUAAGUACUCUCAAGUACCAUCAUCAGAGAGUUUAAUUACUCCUGUUCCUUAUUCCUUUUUGCAGCAUUUGGUCAUCUGACAAAAUUAACAAAUUAGCUUCUGCUACUAGAAUAAGGUAACGUAAAAAAAAAAUCAAAUCCUCUUCAAUUCAAUUUCUGCAAAGAGGUGUAUUUUCUAACAAACCCAGCUCAAGAAUUUAUGAUUUUCUCUCUUUCUUGAGCACUUUUGGGUAUUGGGUUUCUUGUAAAUGUAAAGAAAUGGGGGGUGGGUCUAUUUCUUGUACUCCUCAAAUAUAUUAGCUGGCUUUGUCUUUGUGCCAUCGGCAGCACAAGUAAGUAGUACUAUAUGCUUUUCUUCAACAAAUGAAAAUACUGUCUGAUUCAAGAAAAUAAGGUAUGAGCAAAAUACUGUCUUUUUAGUACACCUAUGUUCAAGUGCCAAAAAAAAGAUGUCAUCAUCUUCAUCUGGAAAUAAAAUUAGCCCAGCUGUUCUUUUUAUCAUAGUAAUAUUAGCUAUCAUAUUCUUUAUUUCUGGUAUUCUCCAUUUGUUAGUUAGGUAUUUAAUGAAACAUAGGUUCUCUUCACAAUCUGCUAGAGACCCUGAAAUGUCUGAUUCUGGUUCCUAUCAAAGGCAAUUACAACAACUUUUUAAUCUACAUGAUUCAGGUUUAGAUCAGUCCUUUAUUGAUGCACUCCCUGUGUUUCUUUACAAAGAUAUAAUGGGUUUAAAAGAACCAUUUGAUUGUGCUGUUUGUCUUUGUGAAUUCUCAGAACAAGACAAGUUAAGGCUGCUCCCUUUAUGUAGUCAUGCUUUUCAUAUAAGUUGUAUAGACACAUGGCUUUUGUCAAAUUCUACUUGCCCACUUUGUAGAGGGAGCCUUUUUACACCUGGUUUUUGUAUUGAAAAUCCAAUCUUUUACUUUGAUGAUACAACAAGAGAUGAAUGUUGUGGUGGUGGGGUUUCAGAAAAUGGAAGUGUUAUUGUUGGUCCAAAAUUACAUGAGGAUAUUGAUAGUAAGAUCAGUUCAAGAAGGGUGUUUUCUGUUAGACUUGGCAAAUUCAAGAACACAAACAAUGGUAUUCUUGAAAUUGAGAAAAGGGAAAUGGGAGAGACUAGUAAUAGUAAUUUGGAUUCAAGAAGGUGUUUUUCAAUGGGGUCUUUCCAAUAUGUGGUGGCUGAUUCAGAAUUGCAAGUGGCAUUGUGUCCCAAUAGUGCUAAAAGUAAUGGUGUAGAUGGUGGUGGUCAUCAAUUGAGGGGAAAUGUGAAAGGGAAAAGUGGACAAAAUGGAAAUUCCGCAAAUGAUGGGGAUAAUUAUGGGAAAAGGAUAAAUCUUGGAAAUAGAGGGGAGAGUUUUUCUGUUUCCAAGAUCUGGCUCUGGUCCAAGAAGGAUAAAUUUCAUAAUUCUGCUGACAAUGUAAGUUUGCCAUGGACGGAUCAUCAUAGAGCUCCACCUGUUUGAAGAUAGUAUAAGAGGGUAGCCAGAGACUAAGCUUAUGCGCGGGGUUCGGGGAAAGGCCGGACUGCAUUGUGCAUGAUGUACGCCCCAAAUUCUUACAAGAGACUCUUUCCGCAUCAUGAACUCGUGACCUCAUCCUGGUCAACCUGAGGCAACUAGUAUACAAUCUUUUUCUUUUUCCUUUCUUCAAUUGCCUUGUAGUUUGGUUAAUUAAAUUUAUUUGAUUAUUCAGUUGUCAUAAGUUCUUUUGGUGCU